AUGCCGCCGCGCCGCCGGAGCAGCUUCUGCUACCGUGGCGUCCGCCUCUGCCCCUCCGGCAUGUAUUACGCGGAGAUCCGCUCCGGCGAUACAUGCCUCGGGCUCGGAAUGUUCGAGACCGCCCGCGCGUACGACGCAGCGGUGUGGCACCUCGGGCGGCCUCUGUCACAUAUGAACUUCUCCUACGUGCGGACGCGUGAGCAGGCGCAUGAUCUCGUGCCUCCCCCACGACUAAUCAGCGACGAGGCUCACCGCCUCCAGCGGAAGUGGGAGCGUCGCCUCCUCAUCGCCGAGGCGGACGAGCACGCCGUGGCGGUGUGGCGCAAGCGCUUCCCACAGGAUGUCACCGCCGAGAACGUGUUCUGGGCGCAGAGGAGGGCGGAGCGAGCCGUGAGUCGGGCGGACAAGUGUGCGAGGAAGGAACUGGCGGAAGCCCAGAUCGAGCUGGGACCUGUGUCAACCUGGGACGAUGAAGAUCCUCGGUGGCUCGACGCACUCACGUCGUCGGACUACACCACCGAGGAGGACGAGGAGUAG